GAUUCAUGAUACUUGGUGAUGGAGCAGAACAACAGCAGUGUAGAGGAUUUCUCCCUGAACGUGUUUUCUGUCACUCCUUACCCGCCGAGCCGGUCUGAUGCCCUGGUGUCAGAUGGGGACAAAGCCGGUGCCACUCUGCUUUUCUCAGGUGUGUUUUUGGGACUGGUGGGGAUCACAUUCACUGUGAUGGGGUGGAUAAAGUACGACGGUCUUACUCACCUGGAAUGGACUCAGUUACUGGGGCCUAUCCUGCUUUCUGUCGGCGUAACUUUCAUCCUGAUUGCUGUUUGCAAAUUCAACAUGCUUACGUGCAAGCCCUGCAAAGAAAGAGAGGAGAACAUGUUAGACAUCGACCAGAGCUCAAGCGGACAGUCCUUCGUGUUCACCGGAAUCAACCAGCCCAUAACUUUCCACGGUGCCACCGUGGUGCAGUACAUCCCCCCACCUUACCCAGCCCUGGACAGUGCAGCCGCCAGCCCUGGCUACCUGCACCCCGUGCUCAGCUGCUGCGGGGCCGUCUCCCCCGGUGUCUCUCCCAUCCCCAGCCCCAGCUCUGCUCACUUCUGCCCUGCCUACUCUCUGGACAACCCCGCUUUCACCUGGGAUGAGAGCUGUGCCAGUUACCUCGCAGAGAGCACGCGGAACACAAGGCCAGAGGACAGCUCUGAUGAGCCAGAAGAACUGCUGGAAGACCCCUGUGAAGAACUAUCACCUCCUCGUUACGAGGAAAUAUACCCACUGUCUUCAUAAAGUGACUACUGACAACAGACUGUGCUUCUGAGAGACGCCAACUUCUUAAUCCGCACCCAUCUUUCCUUUAGCACUUGCACGAUACGCAGGUGCGAGCAGGAUGAUUUCAGCCAUACUGAAAUGUGCUUCAGUACCACUGAAAGCAUUUCAGUACCACUGAAAGCAUUUAACCAACCCCCUCUUUUUGUUCCUCAUGCUAUUUUCUCCCUUGCUAUGCAGUUCGAUAGCAAAAACAAUUAAACUCAAAGAUGUAAAUUCAUUCAAGUUUUUCCCAACGAGGAUCCCGAAUUCCAGACUUGCUGAAACAGUGUGAACAGUGAAUGCACAAGAUGUUGGGAUUACUCCUGGACAUCCAGCAUCAUUAGAAAACAUUUGAUUUAUUCUCACUGUAUUAUUGCCCCUUGAUUGCUUGGGGAACUUCAGAAAUACCCAACUGUCUGAUCCACAGAAGUGCCUGUAGUGUCUUCACUCAGCCUGGUUCCUUGGAAUGGCUCACUCGUGAGCAACUCCUCUCCAAUGGUUUGACUUCCUCUGCUUUGACCCAACCCCAAUGGUAUUUUCAGAACACUCCAUUGAAUCCCAGGUGGGAGAAAAAGACACACUGUGCAUCACAUUCAGUUCCCUUCCCUGCCAAUGGGGCACAAGGCAUUGUCUCCCACCACAAGUGCUAGCGAUGACUAGGUAAACACCACAAAAGCAAAGGCAUUGUUCUGGAGCCUUGGCAGAAAUACAUGGUCCUAUCAGUACUGAAGGCAUUAGCAGGCCAUGCUGUGACCCAUAGCAGUCCCCUCUGCAGGGAGGUCUCUUCAGAGGUGGCUCCGAAGCACACAGCUCAGGCUGAGGUUCUCUCAGAGCAUCAUGGCAGCUACAUGCUGCAGUGGACUUCCUUGUUUGAGUCCAGCUUGCAGGAUCAACACAGUUCCAUACACUGCAUCUAUGAAUGGAUCAGAAUCCAGAUCUAACAAUAGAUGGGAGUUUGCAAGUGACAGAAUCUUCAGUGUGGAGGUCCUGAAAAGCUCUGCUCAGGAGCCAUCUAACCCCCAGAGCAAUGAGGAGUGUCUGCAUGCCCUCACUGGUGAUGACAAGGUGUGUAUCUGAAGGGAGGGUUGCAUCCAGAUUAUCAUCCAUCUACAUGGAGCUUCAGGCACACACCUGCCUCCUGGUCCUGCAUGUUCUGAGCAUGCCAAGAGAAUAUUAGAUAUUAGGAGGAAAUUCUUAACUCAGAGAAUGAUGAGGUGCUGGCACAGCUGCCUAGAGAAGCUUUGGGUGCCCCAUCCCUCGAUGCACUCAGGGCCAAGUUGGAUGGGUGCUGGGCAGCCUGAGCUGGUGGGUGGCAGCAGUGGGUUGGGGCUGAGUGGGCUUUAAGGUCCCUUCCAACCCAACACACUCUGUGAUUGCAGGAGUCUAUGAAGACCUUUGGAGGGGUGCAAGAGAAAAUUCAUAGUCGAAGUGCUACACUCAGCGGUGCUGCAAAUGGCACUGAGAGGCCACAUUCGGAAUGCAACCUCUAAGCUGAUUCUGAGCAGGAUUAGCAGCUGCAGCAGCUACCGGACAGUGGCUGCAAACCAUGCAAGCAGUUUUCUCACUAGGGCAGUGUGGAGCACGCUGACUUUCAGCAGCCCGGUGUCAGCAGGUAGCUGGAGAGAGGCCAGCACAUGGUGCUCAGCACUGUCUCAGUGGGACUGUGAGAGAACAGAUCUAAAAAUAAACAUAAGGUUCCCUGGUGGAAACCUCUUGCUCCCUUUCCAGAACGUACAUGGAGGUGAACUCAUCCUCUGCAGCAGCAAGCUGGAAGUUCCCAGGUACAGACCCCUGCACUUAGCACGUAGUGCUGCUGAGUCCAGAAGCACUGUGGGAGCACAGAGGAUGGGUGUGAUGGGUCCAACUGCAGGACUGCAGUCAGCAUUCCUGUCUGAUCACUCUCCACUGCAACAAAAAAACUUUCUGUCAGAAACCACAGACUUGCUGCCCCUCUUUUUGGACAUGCUUUCCCCGCAUACAUGACAUAGUGUGUUACCCAGGGAAAUCAGAGGGCUCGUUUUCAUGGCAUCUAAUUGCACUGCCGGAGUAAAUACAAGAAAUCCAUAAGGUUGCUCCAUGGACUUGAUUUGUAAGGUUUAUUUCUGAAGACACUAAGCUCAUUGAAAGAGUUCUGGGUUUCUUUUUUCGGAGAGAUAGCUGAGUAAGUGAUUUAUAAUAACUAUGUAUUAAAAUGAUCCGUAAGAUGGAUUCUGUCUGGAUUCAGUUGUGGUUUUACUGCUGCAUGGUUACCUGGAAAGCUCCAGACUGAGGACUUUUCCUUGUUGUUGACUUUAUAAAUUAUUCUUAUUUAUUUAGUAAUAGGACAGCACCCUACAAAGGCCUUUCUUCUUCCUCUUCUUUCUGUCUUCUACUUUCACCUUUUCUCCAAUUUAAUGAUCCUCAUUCCUAAUGGCAUUUUAUUGCUGUUGGUGAUACAAGCUCACCUUUGAGCACUGUGGUCUAUUUCUGCCUUACGGUGAGUGACAGAAUAAGCACAUUUCUCCAGACCUCUAAAACUGAAGUGAGGUAAAACCUGGGUCAAAAAUGACACCAACGUACUCCUCAGAACAGCCAGGAAGUUG